AUGCCAAAGAAGAAUUUUAUGGAAGCAAUUAUUGAAGCUUUGACUCAGGUGCCGAUAUUAACAGAAACAGCUAAUGAAUGUGCUGCUAUGCCAAAGACGAAUCAUACCUUCGAAAACAAAGGGAUAAAAAGAAGAAACUGUGCGGGUUGUUACAAUAAGCUUCGUGCAACGUUAAAUAGCAAAGAUGCUCAAAGAAAAACCAAAAAAAUUAAAUCGUAUUGCGCUGAGUGCAACAAGGGAUAUUGCGCUAAAUGUUUUUACGAAAAUCAUCUAUAA